AGUUAAACAGUUCCAAUUACCUUGAUGCACUGACCUGGUCAAGUUGCGUUAAACUUAACCACAGCCCUCUCGUAUCGGAGCGUUUCCAUUUCUGUCAGCCAUGGAGCGAAAAGUUGCUCGGGAAUUUAGGCAUAAGGUGGAGCUGCUGAUUGAAAAUGAGGCGGAGAAGGAUUAUUUAUAUGAUGUGCUCCGCAUGUAUCAUCAGUCGAUGGAUUUGCCCGUGUUGGUGGGAGAUCUGAAGCUGGUGAUCAAUGAACCAAAGAGGCUUCCUCUCUUCGAGGCUAUCCGACCUCUCAUCCCACUCAAACACCAGGUAGAAUAUGACCAGCUGACCCCCAAGAGGUCACGGAAGCUGAAAGAGGUGCGUUUGGACCGAUCGCACCGUGAAGGUUUGGGUCUCAGCGUCCGAGGAGGAUUAGAGUUUGGAUGUGGACUCUAUAUAUCUCAGAUAGUCAAAGAUGGACAAGCUGAUAAUGUCGGACUUCAGGUGGGUGAUGAGAUUGUUCGCAUCAAUGGCUACUCCAUCUCCUCUUGCAUCCACGAGGAAGUCAUCAGUCUCAUCAAGACCAAGAAGAUUGUGUCUCUGAAAGUUCGACACGUGGGAAUGAUUCCAGUUAAAAGCUCAUCUGAUGACCCUCUGAAGUGGCAGUUUGUGGAUCAGUUUGUGUCUGAGUCUGGGGAGAAGAAAACCAGUAUAGCUGGCUUGGCCUCAAUUGGUGGGAAGGAGAUCAAGGAGAAGAAGGUUUUCCUCAGUCUUGUGGGUGCUAAGGGUAUGGGUAUCAGCAUCUCAAGUGGCCCCACACAGAAACCUGGUAUCUACAUAAGCAACGUCAAGCCAGGAUCCCUCUCUGCAGAAGUUGGACUUGAGGUUGGAGACCAGAUUGUGGAGGUGAAUGGAGUGGACUUCACCACCCUGGACCACAAAGAGGCUGUGAAAGUCCUGAAGGGCAGCCGGAGUCUGACCAUCACGGUUCUGACAGGAGCUGGAAGUGAGCUGUUCAUGACAGACGAGGAGCGUCUGGCGGUGGAGGCCCGCCGGGAGCUGGAGAGGCAGGAGCUGAUGCGUCAAAAGAGAGUCGCAUUGGAGACCAACAAAAUCAUUAAAGAGCAGCAGGAGAAGGAGAGACAGAGAAAGAUGGAGAUCUCUCAGAAGGUUGCAGAGGAAGAGGAGCGUUAUCAGAAAGAGAUGGAAAAGAUCGAGGCUGUAGAGAAGAAACACAACAGAGACUGGGAGGAGGACUGGGGAGCCAAAGAAAGGCCGAAGAGCCCCCAGCGCUCUAGAAAAAGCCCCUCGCCCUCCCCUCCUACAGUAAAAACCACCCCACCUCAAAAAACCAAAAGUUCACCUUUUGGCUGGUUUUAUCGAUAUGAGGGGAAACUGCCGUCGUUACGCAAGAAGGGAGAAAAGAAGAAGAAAAAGAAGAAAGUGUCGAACGCUGACACGUUGCAGGAGCAGAGAAAAAACAAGAAGGAGAUGGAGUUUGAGCUGAAACUCGCCAAAGAGAAAGAAGAAAUGCAAGAACGGGAGAAGCAGCUUAAGAUCAAUCGGCUGGUUCAGGAGGUUUCGGAGACGGAGAGGGAAGACCUGGAGGAGUCUGAGAAAGUUCAGCACUGGGUGGAGCGCUUGUGUCAGACUCGGUUGGAGCAGAUCUCAUGUGUGGAGACGGAAACCCCAGAGCUCUCUCCUGCCUCUGAGCCGAGGGUGAAGCGUUUCGCCGGGGGCCUCCAACUCGCCACCACCGAUCUGGAUGAUAUAAAUCUGGAUGAGGUGGACCAAAGCCUGAGAGGACCUCUUAAAAAACUGUCCCCCACUCAACCCAGCACGACUCAUCCUCCUCCUCCCUUGCCUCCGCCUCCGCCCUCGCCCAGGUUGAACCCGACCAUCCCAAACUACUCCCCGCCUUCACCUCGAGUAUCUCCCCAGCGCCAGCGCUCUUCUCCGUUCAGCUCCAGGAGACCCUCCAACGCCCCCGCUACAUUACCCAACAGGGGGCGCAUGCCUCCCCCACAAACCCCUCGUCCGCCUUCCUCCCACAAGCCUCCGCCCUCUCAGUCCUCACGGCCCCCAUCCUCUCCUCAACCCACGCCACACCCUCCUCCUCCGCCGCCGCCACCACCUCCUCCUCCACCACCACCACCCCCUCCACCUCCUCCUCCACAGCACUUUGGAGAGCGUGCGGGCUCCCUGAGUGGUUACCGCCAACAUCACCACCUCCAGCAUCCUCCCAGUCCUCCAGAGCUCAGCAGGAGUGAGUGGGAGGCAGGCGGGUAUCUCCCUAGAGGAGGGAUUUAUUCCUCCAACACCAGUGAAAUGUCCCACCCUCCCAGUCCAAAGGUGAUGAGAAACACCUCCCAUGCCAGCCGCGCUUCCAAUACAAGCAGUCAGCUGCAACUGGCUCCCAGUCCCCCCAACCAGAGACGUCAGAUGGCCCCUGUCAUGUCCAAGCCCGUUAUGCUGCCUCAGACCCAGACAACCCGACCAGACCCGCUCAGAUCUGCCGUCCGCUCUGAUGUCCUGCCUCCAGAAAUGCUGAAGCGGAUGGUGCCUUUCAACUCAUCUUUUAAAUCAAACAAGCAACAAGGAUUUCAGAAAUAUGUGGACGACUUUGAUCCCUACUCCAUGUUCUCCACAGACCAGAUAGCCGGACGGGAUGUGAGAUUGUUGAAAGUCAAAAAGGUGGGGCAGCUAGACCUGGCUCUCGAGGGCGGGGCGGACUCUCCUCUGGGAAAGUUGGUGAUUUCGGCUGUCUAUGAGGGUGGCGCGGCUGAUAAGCACGGUGGGAUUGUCCCCGGGGACCAGCUCAUGGCCGUGAAUGGGAAGAUCCUGAUCGAUGCUACAUUGACGGAGGGACAAAACUCUCUGGCUCGAGCCUGGAACAGUGGAGGGGACUGGAUCGAUGUGGUGAUUGCGGUCUCUCCACCAAAGGAUUAUGAAGAUGAAGUGACGUUCUUCUAGUUUCACCUGCCAAGAAAAUCAGCCUGAUUAAGUUGAAGACUUUUAAACUGUCACCUGCAGACAAAAAGCCUCAGAUGCUCGUUUAGCGUCUUUGACACUGAACCAGUUGCUAUUUAGGCUUGACGUGUGCUUUUAAUAUUAAUUGCUACUGCCUUGUCUAGUCGUUACUUGCUUGUUUUCUGUUGUUUUUACUUCUGUGAAGCUGGAACAUAAUUGACCUCAUGUCAGCACCAAUGAGGACUCUCUGCUAACGCCUGUCAGUAAACAAAUGAAUUAUGAGUCAGCUGUGAUUAAUGGAGCGUCUAUAGCCUGCUUUCUCUGAGCCUAAUAAAAGACUGCCCAGAAUAAA